GAAAAUGCUUUUUCGAACUUAUUUAAGGGUUGGCACUGAAGGCGAGCAUGUCGGCUGAACCGACUCACAGCUCCCAGAUAUUCCGUGUUCUGUCCAUAAUAUAUCACGAAUGAAAAGCGCGCCUAGCACAGUUGUUCUCAAGCUGUCCUCUCUUUCUCGCAGUGUGGGUAUCUAUAUCUGUGAAUGAUACGUAAUAGAAUGUUAGUCAUAUCCAAAGAAAAGGAACCAAGCAAGACAGACGUCUUGAUAGUACUCGUGGGAGAUAUGGAGAGGUCGUCUGUUGCCGAUGUUGGAACGGUGGGAAUACGCUUAACCCGAUCAGUCCGUCGAUCACGUGCGUCCAUUUCCAGCUGCCGCGUGCAAUUUGUUCCCUUUGGCCACUGAGGACGAGGAAUAACACAGACAACACGGACAACACGGACAACAAUGACUCCUGCAGCAAAUGCCGACAAGGUUUUCCCCAUCACCACGUUUAUAUCAGACCUGCCCAGCAGUCUCACUCCGCAACUCGUAUCGUCCGCGGAAAAUGACCAGGGAUCUGCUACUCGACGAUUAGUCAUCGUGGGUGAUGUACAUGGCAUGAAAAGAUCUCUGGAGGCACUUCUAGAAAAGGUCGGCUUCGAUAAGGACAAAGGGGACCAUCUGAUACUAGUUGGUGAUCUGAUCAACAAAGGGCCGGACAGCCCUGGUGUGAUCGAUCUGGUCAUGGAGUUGGGCGCCACCGCCGUGAGAGGCAACCAUGACAAUGCCGUCCUCGAUGCUGCCGUGGAAGUCAACACAAGAGGAGACAGCUCAAUGCAUGCUGGAAGCGUAUCCAGCGGUACCGCACAGGUACCUGGGACCUCGGGAGCUGAUUCACCUAGCGAGACUCUCGCAUCCGACGGCCCUGAAAAAGGCGCACCUCCCGAAGGUAGUCUUCACACACGACACAGCGAAACAACGUACAGCACAGCCCGCGCGCUUUCGGCGCCCCAGCUCGACUGGCUCGCUGCUCUGCCAUUGAUCUUGCGCAUCAAGCUGCCGUACCACCCAGCAUCUUCCCUAAAUGAAACUCUUAUUGUCGUACAUGCUGGUCUCACCCCUGGUGUCCCGCUGGAAAAGCAGGAUCCCCAUGCUGUAAUGCACAUGCGCAGCGUCACUCACCCGCCAGGCGAUGAAGGCACCUUCGUGCCGGCGGAAGCAUCGGGAGAGGAAGGCUGGGCUACUCACUGGGAUCAGUGGCAGGACCAACUGACUACCCGAACUACUGUGAUAUUUGGGCACGAUGCGAAACGUGGUCUGCAGCUGGGCAGCCAUUCAAUCGGACUGGAUUCCGCGUGUCUAUAUGGUUACAGUCUUAGCGCGCUGAUCGUGGAGUCAACCGAUACGGGAUUUCAGCAUCGAGUAGUGCAGGUCAAAUGUGCUGACACGCCUGUUGCCCCAACAGCAUAAGCAGUGGCCAUAUCACUGGAUUGGAACCCAGUGUGACUUGCAGCUAUGCCGACCUAAGACAAUGCGUGUCUUGUGUUACUUCAGGUCAAAUCAAGUGAAUCGAUGGCCGCCCUGAUAUCAGAACGAUUCGGCGCCUCCUAUAUCUUCUCGGUCGCUCAACUUUUAGCAACCACAAAAGACGCACUGACUUUCUUUCGUUAUUUCCAGUAUGCGUAGAUUUGCAACUACUGA